AUGUCUCAAGUGAGAUCUCAUCUACAAUCAUAUCCAUGUCCAACUAAUAUGAAUUUCCUUUGGAAUUUUGGUUUCUUAGUAGGAAUUUCCUUUGUUGUUCAAAUUGUAACAGGUUUAUUACUAGCAUCUAGAUAUACUAGUGAAAUGUCACAUGCUUUUGCUAGUGUACAGCAUAUCUUAAGAGAGGUGUCUUUCGGUUGGGAAUUUAGAUUCCUACAUGCUACUGGAGCAUCAUGUGUAUUCUUAUGCUUAUUUCUACAUAUUUUAAGAGCUCUGGUAUUUAGUAGUUAUACAUAUCUAAGUCUAACAUGGAUUACAGGAUUAAUUAUUUAUUUCAUCUCAAUUGCUACAGGUUUCUUAGGUUAUGUAUUACCAUGGGGUCAAAUGAGCUUUUGGGGUGCUACUGUAAUUUGUAAUUUAUUGUCACCUAUCCCAUAUCUUGUAACAUGGUUAUUAGGAGGUUUUUAUGUAGAUAGUCCUACAUUAAAAAGAUUCUUUGUAUUACAUUUUGUUUUACCAUUCUUAGGUCUAAUCCUUGCUGUGUUACAUAUUUUCUAUCUACAUCUAAAUGGAUCUAGUAAUCCACUAGGUACAGAAACUGCUUUAAAAAUACCUUUCUAUCCUCAUAUGUUAAGUACAGAUGGAAAAGGAUUUAACUAUUUAAUCUUAUUUCUAUUAGCUCAAUCAUUCUUUGGUUUACUAGAAUUAUCACAUCCAGAUAAUAGUAUUCCUGUAAAUAGAUUUGUAACACCAUUACAAAUUGUACCAGAAUGGUACUUCUUAGCAUAUUACGCUAUCUUAAAAGUUAUUCCAAGUACAUUACUAUCAGUAUUAAUUAGACUUGAGUUAAGUUCUUCUGGAUUACGUAUCGUAGCGCUAGAAAAUCAAAAUUUCUAUAACCUAGCAUUUACACUACACGGUGCUAUUAUGAUUUUCUUUGUAGUUAUGCCAGGUCUAUAUGGUGGAUAUGCCAUUAUGCUAAUUGCUACACUUCCAAUUCUUACUGGUGGAUUAUUAAUGUUAGUAUUAGAUUUACAUCUGAAUACUCAAUUCUACGAUGCUGCAUUUAAUGGUGAUCCAGUAUUAUAUCAACAUUUAUUCUGGUUCUUUGGUCAUCCAGAAGUUUAUAUUAUUAUUUUACCUGCUUUUGGUGUAAUUUCACAAACAUUAUCUACUUCAGCAGGUAAAUUAGUAUUCGGAGGUCCUGCUAUGAUUUUAGCGAUGGGAUGUAUUACCAUUUUAGGUUCAUUAGUAUGGGCACACCAUAUGAUGACAGUAGGUCUAGAGACAGAUACUAGAGCAUAUUUCUCUGCUGUUACAAUGAUGAUUGCUAUUCCUACUGGUACCAAAAUCUUUAAUUGGUUAAGUACUUUUAUGGGAAAUCCAUUCAGUACAAUAUCAUUAGAUAUUUGGUAUGCUUUAAGUUUUAUUUUCUUAUUUACAUUAGGAGGUACUACUGGAGUAGUUUUAGGUAACUCCGCUCUAGAUGUUGCUUUACACGAUACUUAUUAUGUAAUUGCUCAUUUCCAUUUCGUACUAUCUCUUGGUGCGGUAAUUGGAUUAAUUUGUGGAUAUUUCUAUUACCAAGAUUCAAUGUUUGGUUAUACAGCUAAUGUCUUUACUAGAAAUACAUCAGAUUCUCCAUACUUAAAAGUAUGGUCAAUUGUA